UCAUCAGGUUGGCUUUAGAAAUUUUUGUAAAAAUUCUCUUCGCAAUUACGUCGAUUAUUUUAAAAACUUUAGUUCUAAAGACUAAGAUCCGAUCUUCCUAAACGGGAUUUUCCCGAGCUUUGUUUACCUCAUCUUGAUUUGUUUGGUUUGUAAAUACGACUAUCAAAAAGGGAAAUUAUAGACUUCGAGCUGUAUUAUGAUGACGUGAAUUUGGGACUUCAUGAAGUAGACAUCCGACACUCACAGAGCGUCCGUGAAGUUCCCUAAGGGAAACAGGGAUAAUCUGCGAAGUAUACAAGUGGAAGACUGGUUUCGAACUAGUACUGGUCUGUCAAACCAAAAUGGCGUUCACUCCGUCCCAGGCUCUUUGCAAUCAAGUGAUUCAGGUCAAGACUGGUUACCAUGCAUUCAUCGUCAAUUUCGUAAUACUAAGGUUCUUCGCUGCUGGAGACUGCAAAAGGGAAGACUGCGUGUUUGCUCAUGAUUUGUCUGCACUGGACAGCAAUAUUUGUCGAUUUUACCUGAAAGGGAUUUGCUUCUACGGAGAGCAUUGCAGAUACGCUCACGUUGAGCCGUACGAAGUGCUUGCUCAGUAUGGAUCCACUGACGGAGCGCAGGUGGAUGCGGCGGGCAAUUUAGUCUCGACCGGUCGCGCUGCUCGUUCCUCUAUUCGCAUUUCCCAUCCUUCGACCGAAAAGCCCGCAUCCAACAGCCCCUCUUCACGUCCAACACUGGUUGACUCUCCUGUCUGCGUGAAACCGGAGCGACCACCUUUGUGCCAACUAGGACUAAUCGGCACGUGCACCCUGAUUGAUUGCCCUUUCCGGCACGGAGAAGUGUGUGAAAUGUGUCGUUGUCAGGCUCUCGAUCCUUUCGACGCAAACCAGCGAGCCGCUCAUGAACAAGAAUGCUGCAAAGCAGUGGAGUUGCAGAUGGAAUAUUCAUUUGCACUGCAGCGCAGCCAACAGGUUGACUGUGGAGUCUGCUAUGAAAAAGUUCUUCAGCAGACAGAUGAAAACAGACGCCGUUUUGGAAUUUUGCCCAAAUGCGACCACGCUUUUUGUUUUGACUGUAUCAUGAACUGGCGGAAACAAGCACGGGAAGGCUUGGAAGAAUCAGCUCUUCGGUCCUGUCCAAUGUGCCGUACUCAUUCGGAUUUUGCCAUUCCGUCGCUGCUGUGGCCAGAAAACGCUGAACAAAAGGAGAGAGCUAUAGAAGAGUUCAAAAUAGUUAUGAAGGAAAAGCCUUGCAGAACUUUCUUGGAGACCAAAAAAUGUCCGUUUGGAAGCUGUUGUUGGUAUAAACAUGUCAAGGAAGAUGGAACGGUUGUCCAGUUGAAACCGCCUGGUACUUCACGUCGGCGACGCCGUCGUUCCUAUAAUAUGGAUGAUGAUUUGUCGUUCGGUGAUUUGAUGGAUAUGUCGGAUUAUUCACCGAACGAUAGCGAUGCGGACAAUAAUGAUGAUGAUGAUGAUGAUGAAUGGGAAGAGGACCUGCCAUCACCGGCUAUCCCUGUUCAUCUGGACGACGAUCCCAACUUCACGGCGGAUAUUAUGGCGCAGUUGCAAGAACAGACCGCGGGCGGUGGAAAUGCCCAUGCGGAGUAUCUCAGUCUGUACUGCGGCCAGCGCAAUAACGCGACGCAGGAGUAAGUGGCAGUUGGAAAAAAAUACAGGGUUUUAUCGACGGAUUGUCCACUGUCCAUUUGGCGGAAUGGAUUCGGAUUUUGUUUUUUUGUGAUAUUAUCUUGUCCGAACGGAGCAGGAUCCCGAUUUUGCCGAUUGUUUUGGGCCUUUGUUGUUUUAUGUGAAUGAAUGCAUUUCAAAUGGACCUGUGCAGUGUUUCUUGUUUUGCAUGCUGGGAUAGCUACAAAUAUUUUUGGUAAUCUUUUUUGUUUAGGAGAAUGGGCUUACCGUGAUAUAUCAUAGGAAUCGAGACUACAGAGUUUAUUCUUAUUGUGUUUAUAUUCGUGUUUCCUUGUAGGAAGAAUUUGGUGUUACAGUACUUUGAAUGAAUCUUGGUCUUGA